GUUGGGCAAAGCAUUGCAUCCAAAAUUGGUUUUGUUGUUUAUUCCUUUCUUCUUGCUAUUGGGUUAAUUUUAUAUGGUCUUGAUACAAAGAGAAAAGUAACUGGCUUAACCAUUCAUUUUCCUUUUGAAGUUUAG